UACAGAAAAGACCAAACUUGAAUAUAUUAGGCUCGUGUGUCAAAUGAAAAUGACUGAAACAAUUCGUAAGCAGUUAAAUGUAUUCUUGGAAGGCUUUUAUGAUAUUAUACCUAAACGACUAAUUUCCAUAUUUAAUGAACAAGAAUUUGAAUUAUUGGUCGUGCCUUAUGUAGAUAUCAAGAAUCUUGUAGCAAAUACUGAACAUCAUAAAUACACUGCUAUGUCUUUACAGAUUCAAUGGUUUAGUGCAUUACAUAGUUUUGAUCAAGCGGAUCGUGCGAAGUUCUUACAAUUCGUUACGUCCAAAGUGUCGUUACAAGAUUUUGCUGUGUUAGAAGGCAUGAAUUGCAUACAAAAGUUCCAAAUUCACAGAGAAGAUAGGUCAACAGACAAACUUCCAUCUGCACAUAAUUGAUAAAUAUCUGAAGAAAGAAAUUUUU